AUGCGACACGUCCUAGCCCCCAGUAGACUUCGAGCUACCACCAACUUUGCUGGUCUCAUAAGAAGCACGUCGACUCCCGAGUUUUCUUCCACCUUCACCGCGACCUUCAGACAACAAACGCACCGUUCAUUAUCCAUCAAGCCUUCUCUCCAAAAGAACUUCCAAACGUCAUCCAAGAUGUCAUCCACUCAGAUCUCCGCCAACGCGGUCCUCGACCUCAUCAAGCAGCGCCGCACCUACUACCCUCUCUCCAAGGACCUCGGUUCCUUGACUGUCGAGCGCAUCAACGAGAUCGUCAAGGAGGCUCUGCAGCACGUCCCUUCGUCGUUCAACUCGCAGAGCAACCGCGUCGUUGUCCUGUUCGGCGCCGAGCACGAGAAGCUCUGGGACAUCACCACCGAGACCCUCAAGGCCAUCGUGCCCGAGGACAACUGGGCUAGCACGGCGGGCAGGAUGGCCAUGUUCAAGGGUGCUGCUGGUACUAUCCUCUUCUUCGAAGACGAGACCGUCGUCAAGGGCAUGCAAGAAAAGUUCGCUCUCUACGCCGACCGCUUCCCCGUCUGGGCCACGCAGUCGGACGCCAUGCUGCAGCACACCCUCUGGGUCGCUCUCGAGGCUGAGGGUCUCGGAGCCAACCUGCAGCACUACAACCCCUUGAUCGACGCCAAGGUUGCCGAGACCUGGUCCGUCCCCGAGAACUGGAAGCUCAACGCCCAGCUCGUUUUCGGUGGCAAGACGGGUGAUGCGGGUGAGAAGGCCUUUGGCGCCGUGGAGGAGAAGUUCAAGACUUUCGGCUCCGCCUAA